AUCACUACUCACUCCCCCACUGCACUCGCCAGAUCCACACUCCACUCGCCGCGGCAUGGGCACGCUCUCCUCCCUCGCCGUUCUCGCGGCGCUCCUCUCCUUCGUGGCUGUCGGUGGCGCCGUCGACGCCGCCGUGGAGUACGACACCAGCACCGACCUCACCCCCGCCGGCGCCGACUGGAACGCCAGCGACGCCACCAAGUACUGGGGCCCCUGGACGCCGGCGAGGGCGACCUGGUAUGGCCAGCCCGAAGGCGCCGGCCCCGACGACAACGGCGGCGCUUGCGGCUUCAAGCAUGUGAACCGGUACCCGUUCAUGUCCAUGGGCUCCUGCGGCAACCAGCCGCUCUUCAAGGACGGCAAGGGAUGCGGCUCAUGCUACAAGAUCAGAUGCAGGAAGGACCAGUCGUGCUCCGGGCGGACGGAGACGGUGAUCAUCACGGACAUGAACUACUACCCGGUGGCGCCCUUCCACUUCGACCUCAGCGGCACCGCCUUCGGCCGGCUCGCCAAGCCCGGACUCAACGACAAGCUCCGCCACUCCGGCAUCAUCGACAUCGAGUUCACCAGGGUGCCGUGCGAGUUCCCGGGGCUCAAGAUCGGCUUCCACGUGGAGGAGUACUCCAACCCCGUCUACUUCGCGGUGCUGGUGGAGUACGAGGACGGCGACGGCGACGUGGUGCAGGUCGACCUCAUGGAGUCGCGGGGGCCCGGCGGCGGGCGGUGGACACGGAUGCGCGAGUCAUGGGGAUCCAUCUGGCGCCUCGACUCCAACCACAGGCUCCAGGCGCCAUUCUCCAUCCGCAUCCGCAACGAGUCCGGCAAGACGCUCGUCGCCAACAAGGUCAUCCCGGCCAACUGGAGGCCCAACACCUUCUACCGCUCCUUCGUCCAGUACAGCUAG